AUGCCUAAAGACGCUCAGCACAUUGUCUUUCUCGACAACUACUACCGCAGUCUCCCCAAUCCCGACAUCUUAAUGGAACCGACUAAACAGACUGCGAUUAGAUGCAACGCAGCACACAUUCCACCAACAACUCCAGGUGUUGAUGGUGUCGAUUCGCAAAUUGUCGGAAGACAUAUCAGCGAAUGUCGAAGACGCGCUCGUCAUCAACCUCGAGCAGAACGCCUCUUGCCGUGGCAAGUAGCUAUCCUCGAAGCAGCCUACCUCAAUAAUCAUUAUCCAUCCGCAGGAGAAAGAAUGAUACUGAUGGACGACACUAGACAAAGCUACAGGAAGAUAAAGAAUUGGUUCGAACAAAAGGCGAAGAUGCUGAAGAAAGCAGGCGGAGGUCCUGCCGGUCCAAAUCCCGGCAGCAACAAAUACUCCACCAAGAUGUGGAAGGCAUACUAUGAAGAUCCGGUGGGUUACGUUCGGAAGUUGAGGAACGGCGAGAUCGAUUUGGUCACUGGUGCCGCUAUUGGUCAAGCGGCAAUUAACUUGUCUAAUGCACCGGCAAGUGGCCCCAUCAACAAUACAAGCGAAGAUACUGGUCUAGCAGCGUUGGGACCUAGCGCGAAUAUCGAUUCGGCGCCUUAUUAUCAACCUAAGCAUCAACAUGGUCAAGGUGAUCUUCCUGGUAUGCAGUCACAGCCCUACGACCAGAUGAUCCAGCUGGGGCAGUAUGAUUACUCGAAUAUGCAGGCACCUCCUCAAAGUCCAAUUCCUAAACAAGGACAAUAUGGGCUCCAUUCAAUGCCCGUAUACACUCGGGACCAAGAUGAAAUAUACUCCAUGCCGCCACCCCAACCAAUGAACUCGGGUAUUGGUAGUUACGCAGGCGGGCGAAGCUACGAAGUGAGCAGAGUUCAGCCUGCAUCUCAACAGACAGCUUAUACAGGGGUAUAUGCUGUCGACGAUAACCAAGCUGUGCCUGGCCAAUACGGCUAUGGCAUGCCUGCAAAUUCCCAGUCUGGCAUUCCAUACGAUCCGUUUGCCGUUCAGAAUGAUGGUGAACUUGAUUAUCAGGGGCAGAAUAGAUAUGAGCCCAUCUAUCCUUCAGUUCCUCGAAAUUAUGCUGUGCAAUAUAUGCCAGCAUAUCCGCAAGUCCCAGAGAGUCCGGCUGGACAAUUGCUUGGUGAGACUUUCACCCAGUCUCAAAAUCCUGCACGAAAGAGAAAGUUGAUCCCUGAGGACGACGAAAUAAACCAGGGCCCGCAUUCCACGCAUUUGAGAAAGCGACCUCGUCAAGCGUCCAAUUCUCGACUUUCUGCCUUGUCUGAAAGUCCAAUGUUUGCUGGAGCUGAUGCUAGAAUGAGAGUCACCAAAGAGCCAGUCAAGAGACUGGGGGCUUCGAGACUAGCUCCAAAAACUCAUCAGCGACCAACGGCUGGCGAGUCUGGAAUUCGAAGAACUUCCGGGAGUGGGACUGAUGACUCCAUAAAUUCAUCCUUCGACGGCAGUGGCAUUGGUGAGAGAUGGACUCCUCAUCCACACUCGAGGCUGAAUAUCUGUCAUAGCAGUCCUUAUGAGCGAGAGACAGCUGAAGAAGGAGAGACAUCUCCUAAUAUCCGAGCUCCCAAUAUCCGAACUCCUGAAGUCCGAGAUGCGGAUUCCGAAGGACGAGACAGCCCUCUACUUUUCGGGCCUGAACAAAGUGGUCCUAGUAAUGAUAUCGAAGCUGGUUCUGGACAACGGUUUGUCGCCUCCGAACCACCUAUCCCAGAAAGUGUGAGCAAAAUGACACAGGGCGUAGCGCAUACACAACAGCAUGCUGCCACCAACAUUCCGGAUCCUGUGGCACAACAUUACGAUGCAGCUCGCGCAAGAGUGCCAAGUCCCGCAAUUUAUAAUACAACUGGGGGCUUAAAUGGGAGCUGGGAAGCCAAUGUGGGAGUUCAGGGACUCCAUCCACAAGAGUAUUCUGCUUUCUCACAGGAAGAGGCUCACGAUCUUGAGCCAUCCGGUCAAGUAUCUCCAGAGAACACUCUAGAUGUACAAGACAAUGAGAAUUUCGAGGAUUUGCUUGCUGCGCCAGAGAUGCAUGCACUAGAGCAGACAUUUCUGCACAACGGAGAGUUCGAUUACUCGGCUUUCCUGGGCAAUGACGGCCUUUUCGAGGAUUGGAAUUCACCCAAUCUCGAUGUCAACAAUUGA